GCGGGAGCAGCCAUGGCCCAGGCAGCGGCGGGGAGGAAGCGGCAGCGGCCCCGAGCGCAGCCCCAAGCAGCGAGGCCCCGCUGAGAGCGGGGCCCGGAGACGCGGACACCGAAGCGCCCGGGCAGGGACCGGCCCCCCCGCUCCCGCCCCCCGGCCGGGAAGGCACCGACUCUCCCCCCCCGCCACCCGGCCGCGCUCGGCCCCCGCCCGACGCCCCCCGGGGAGGGGGGCUCCUCCUGCGGGCGCGGAGCCGCCCCAAGCUGGAGAGCCGGGGCCCGGCGGCGGUGCUGGGAGUCGGGCACCAGCCCCCGGCGCCCCCCGCCGCCGGGGCCCCGCUGACCCCGCACAAGAGGAUGAAGAAGCGCAAGGAGCUGAACGCGCUCAUCGGCCUGGCCGGGGACGGGGGCCGCAGGAAGAAGCUGCCCAAGAAGGGGUCGGGCCACCGGCUGCUGCGCACCGAGCCGCCCGCCUCCGACUCCGAGUCCAGCUCCGAGGGCGACGAGGACGAGUUCGGGCCGCCGGGCACCCGCUCCCGCUUCCCCAAGGGAGAAUACCUGCGAUGCUGCAAGUUCUGUUAUCCACUAUGUGCUUUUGUCAUUCUGGCUGCUUGUGUGGUAGCUUGCGUUGGCUUAGUAUGGAUGCAGGUUGCCCUCAAGGAAGAUCUGGAUGCACUAAAGGAAAAAUUUCGAACUAUGGAAUCUUACCAAAAAUCAUCAUUCCAAGAGAUCCCCAAAUUAAAUGAAGAUCUGCUUGAUAAGCAAAAGCACCUUGAGAAAAUAGAGACUGGAGACAUGGGACUAAAUAAAAUUUGGAUAAAUAUCACUGAGAUUAAUAAACAGAUUCUGUUUUUGACAUCAGCAGUAAAUCACCUCAAAGCCAACAUCAAGUCUGCCUCUGAUUUGAUUACUCUUCCUGUUACUGUAGAGGAACUUCAGAAGAGCGUAGCUACUAUAGGUAGCACUCUAACCAGUGUUGCUCAUGAUGUUGACGCUAUGCAGGUGACGAUUGAAGAACACAAGAAAACCACAGAGAGGCUCCGAAAUGAUUUGAAUGAAUACAUUAAAGAAAAUGGAGAAAAACAGAUAUCUUCACUUUCCACCACUGUCAGUCCAAGAAUUAGCAAUAGAAAUCAAACGGAGAAUUGUAAACAGGAUAACCAGUUCCUGCACGCCACAGUAGAAGAGAUAAAUGCUUCUUUAGUGGCGUACCAAAAGCUCAAUGAUCUAAAGCUUCUAAGUGUGGAUACAGCAAUCAGUAAUAUAACUCAAAGGGUUACAUGGUUAGAAAGCUCUGUGGUUGCUGUGAAUACGUUGGAAAACAGAGCGAAUUUGUCCACUAGUGCGGUGGGUAAUACAACUACCUCCCCCAAAGUGGAAAGUCAAGAUCAACCAGAGAAUGAAACUGCUACAGAAAAAGCACAGAAUGCAAAGAAAGUAGAAAAUGUAGAUCCUCAGGUAUCAAAACUAAGAGAGAAGCUUCAGCUGAUCAAUGCUCUCACAAGCAAGCCAGAAAAUGAAAAAUCUCUUGAGGCAUCAAUAAAAGGUGGAAAAAUGCAGACUGCUACAUCAAAGCCUACAAAUCUUCCAAAAUUUUUAUCGAGAUCAGUUGGAGGCAACAUGGAGAGAAAUGGACACCCAAGACGCUUGUCGUUACCAGGAAUUGCCACCAUAAAAGAUCUUCAGGAUUUGUUUGAAAAGACAGAUCAAGGCAUUGGUGGAAAGCUAUCCUAUGAAGAUCUCCAAACUCUGGUUGGCUUGGCAAUACAAGAGCGACAGAGCUUUAAGGAAUUUGAUACAGAUGGGGAUGAAAAAUACUCAUUACCAGAACUGAGAUUAGCUUUAGGUGUGUAGCAUACAUAUUUAGAAAUGCAGUAUUGACGAACUUUACUAUAGCUACUGAAAACUGCAAAAUGCAGUAUUGACGAACUUUACUAUAGCUACUGAAAACUGCAAAAGCUACGUCUGCCCAGCGUCCUUCAGAUCUUUGGAGCUAACUUUAUGUACACGUUGCCAACUUUUUAAUUUGCAUUCUUUGGAUAUAGUUAAAGAUUUUUUUAAAGGAUUUUAUCUAUGGCAUAAUGUUAGGAAGUUCCUUCAAAAUUCCAGGAAGAUCGUAAACUCAAACUAUGUUAGGAAUCAUCAGCCAACAUUUUCUUUCCCUUGAAGGGGCAUUCUUGUGUUUAAAUUGGAACAUGUGUACAUAUAGACAAACCCAUGUUUUAUAUUUCACAUAAAUUUGCCUUAAAUUAGAGAGCUGCACUUUAUAUAGAGCCAGAAGAAAUCUGUCUUUUAAAGGUAGGCCUUUUCUGCUUGUAAAUAUUUGAAAUAGAAUAAAUUAUGCAUAUUUUAGGGAGGGGGGGGGAGCGUUUUCAGGGCUGUGUUGGUGACCAUGCUGGUUUGUAAACCACAAAAAUGCAGGAUAGUCUGGAGGCAGAGGGUAUUUCAGUUUCCGCUUGGAUUUUAAAUGGCCAAUGCAUCCAGGGAUGGUAUUUGAGUUCAAACUGAGGCAGAUGCAAGGCAUGAUUUCUCAUGCCAUCCUACAGAGGGCUUUCAUUUUAAGAGGCAAGGAGUGAGAAAUUUAUUGUUUUGUUUUACAUCUUGAGCCCAUCAGAAUAAUGACAUGACUGGGACUGGGUAAGGUACCCAGUUCAGUGUUUCCUUUUAACUUUGUUGCAUCCAGGGUUAUAAUUUGUGGGAGGAGGGUGGCUAUAAGGGGGAAACUAUUGGACCAUUUUAAUUGACUCUUAGUUUAAAGCAAGCUUGUCCCCUGAAGCUACUGCUGCUGGCUGCCAUCAUGACAAGGUAACUUGCACCCCUACUACGCUCCAUGUACCUGGCAAGCUCACAAGUGCAAUAGUGGUGUCCCUGACUGGUGGUGGUGGUAUUUUUAACAGAGCUUCUGACACUCCCAGUUUCUUCCUUCUAAUAUUGUUUCAUGUUAUUAGUCAGCCCAAGACCAAGAGCAGUUUGUUUCUAAACAAGCCUCUUUUGUGCUGCAGUGUCACCAGCAGGGUGGGAAAGCCUACAAUAAAGAGAACUUGGAUGCAGUUUCCAUGCUGCAUGAAUGUUCAUAGUUCUGAGGGUCUUGGAUGACUGUGUAUUCCUCUCAUUCAAAGGGGGACAAAAGGCAGGUGCAGGGUAAGAUUGUACAACAUAUUUUUUUAUUAAGUGCAAUAUACAUUUUCUUUACUAUAGGUACUGCUUUGACCUUGAAACAAAUAUCCACACCCAGAGAAGAACAUACUAAUAUGUUCAUACUAUAAAUAUUAUGAAUCUAAACUUGAAGACUGCAAUAUCCAGAAACUUUUUCUGGAACAUACAAAAAGGCUUUUGCAGAACGUAGUCUCCCACAGGCCAGAUCAGGGACAAAUGACACUUUAUACAAAUCAUUUCAUUGGCCACAAGCAUAAUUCAUAGCUCUCUUUUUGGUCAUUUGAAUAUUGAUUUAGUGGACUGUGAAAUAUACUGAUGGUCUAUUGACAUGGGCUAUCUGGAAGUGUGUUCAUAGUUUGUUUUAUGUGACUUUGAAUGGGAUGCUUAUAAUUUUACAAGGAAAUAGUCUCUGGAAGGAGUCAAAUCAGUGAAAGGUUUAGCAAAAUGGAACCCUUUCCUAGGUUAUCUAGUCUGUUUCACCAUCGCUCUUCUGUUCUGGGCAUGUUUGCUCUGCCCAACAGGGAGAUGCUUUCAUUGAUGUGACGUUUUGAAAUGCAGUAUAACCUGGCUUCUAAGGCAAGUAGAAGUCAACACUUGCUUCUUUUGACCAGUUUCCACACCCCUUUUAUACACUUCUGUAUAAAUCCCUUAACCAAAUAAAAAUUCUAGCAAUAAAAAAAUAACCAUUCUGGUAUUUUAUUUGUACAUUCUGUAUCAUAAUUAUAUGCCAGAAUUUGCACGGUAUUUUUGGAAGGUUUAUUUGUAUGAAACAAAAUUUAGGUAAAACUUAGAAUUGUCUAUAACCGCAACUUUAAAUGUUCUCGUUGUUGCAAUUUGUUUUAAUUUUGCAGGGCUCUUCUGUGGUAAUGAGAAAUUGUACUCAAACAAAACUCUCUGGAAAGAGUGCAUGCAUCUCCAAUCUCUAGUAUUUUUAUGUCCUGUAUAUGGCAUUGGUACUGAAUUGAUCAAUUAUUGAGGCGCUAAGACAUAAGACCAUUCUGUAGUGCUGAUUAACCUUGGUUAAUUUGCAUAUUGGAUACAUAGUGCCAUCUCUAAGGUCAUUAAUUGGCAUUGUCACAAAGUCUGCAGCCUUAUUAUGAUUAUGGAAUGGACACGUACAAGGAAUUUAAUAAAAUAGGGUCAUUUAAAAAUACAGUGAAUUAUUGUUCAUUGCUGACUAGUUCCUUUUACAUUUAAUAUUGGCCUGCAGGCAGCCAUCCUAAUCUCAAGGUAUUGCUCAGCUUUCAAAUGCUUGAGACUUGUACUGCUUCUCAGUUGCUGCUGAUGUCAUCAAUCCAUGUGCUGGCCUUGAUUGUUAGGUAAGGCCCCAGCAGAUUGUUGCUGAUAGUCCAAAGACCUUAUUUACACUACUGUUGACAGAUCAGUGGUAGCUGCAGGUAUGUUCAACACUUGCCUAGAUUUGCUCUGAGCAGGGUGAGAUGGCUGGUCUACAUUUCCACCACCUGGCACUAGUGGGAAAUCAAGCCAAAAAGUCUAAUCAAGCCAAGUUGGUGUGACUUUUUUAUCAUGUUCUGUCAGUCAUGGGACUUAAUGCUUCCCCCCCACAACUAGAACAGCUCUUCCAAAA